AUGCAGGCCACGGGCGAGCGUGACGUGCUCAUGCACGUAGCCAUGGACCAGCUGCUGCACCGCGUCCGCGGCUGGAAGGCCACGGACGCCGCCGGCGCCGCAGCUGAGGACGCGGCGUUUGUGCGGCGCGAGGAGGUCGGCGAGGCGUUUCAGCGCAGUGGGCUGCAGCCCUGGGAGUUCCACGCCAUGCUGCACCGCGCGGCAGAGUACGGGCUGGCGGAUGACGUCCAGCCGCUGUGGGCCGAGCAGCACCACCAGCAGCAGCAAGCUCAAAUGUACUACAUGCAGCAGCAGCAGCAGCAGCAGCAGCAGCAGCGAUUCGCACAGUCACAAGCGCAGCAGCCGCUCAAGCAGCAGCAGGGGCAGACGCCUCAUCAGCAGUACCGGCAGCAACAGCCGCCGCCGCCGCCGCGCGCAGGGGCGGCGACCCCGUCCGGCCCGGGCCAGGGGCGAGGCGGCGGAGGCGGGUACUAUGACACAUCCGCCUCUUACGUGGCGGCCAACGGUGCCACGAACCAGCAGCACCAGGCAGCUGCCAGGCAGGUGCCGGCAUCCCCGGGGCGCGACUGGGGUGGCGGCGGCGCUUCGGACUAUGCGCCCAGCACUGGCAGGGAUCAACGGCCGCGGGGCACCGAAGCCGACGGCUUCACUGCUCCUUCAUGGCGCGGGAGCGGCGCGGGCAUCAAUGGCGUGGGCGGGGUCGGCCGGGGCACGGCGCCCGCGCGCGCUACGGGGGCGGCGGGCGAGGCCCAGCGCAGCUUGGCGGCUAAGGGCGGCGCGCGGGCAGGGGGUGGGGCCCCGGAUGAGGAUCCUAUUGGGGGCAUGGCUGGGCUGUUGCCCUCUGGGCUGCUGGAGGACGACUUCUCCCCAGCCGACCCCUCCCCGCGGGAGCAGGCGGUGCUGCAGCAGCACGCGCAGUGGCAGGCGCACCAGCAGCAGGCCCUGCAGCAGGCGCAGCAGCAGCAGGCGCAGCAGCAGCAGCAGCAGGCGCAGCAGCAGCAAGCGCAGCAGCAGCAGCAGGCGCAGCAGGCGCAGCAGCAGCAGCUGCGGGGUCAGCCAGCCAACGGAGAGGUCGCGGGCGCGGCAGGCGGUGCGCGGCAGCAGCAGGCGCUGCUCAUGAUGCAGCUGCAGCAACACCAGCAGGCGCAGGCACAGGCACAGGCACAGGCGCAGGCGCAGGCACAAGCCCAAGCGCAGGCGCAGCAACGGCAGGUGCAGGCGCAAGCACAGGUGCAGGCGCAGUUCAUGGCGGCGCAGCUGCAGCACCAGCAGCAGCAGGCCGCUGCCGCUGCUGCCGCUGCCGUUCUUACAGGGGGCGGCACCUUGCAGAGCCAGCCGGCGGCGGCUGCGGCCAACGGGCUAUCUCCUUUUGGGGCAGCAGCCAACGGCGGCCUGAUAUUGGAUGGCGGCGCAGCAUUCCAGCAGCAGCAGCAGCAGCAGCAGCAGCAGCAGCAGCAGCAGCAGCAGCAGCAGCAUGCCGCUGCGGUGGCGGCGGCGAUGGGCGCGUCUCCUCUCCAGAUCAGGAGCAGCGGGAGCCUCGGGGCGCUGCGGCUGGGCAGCGCGGGCAGCAUAGGCGACCUCGGGCAGUCGACCCUGGGCCUGUUCGGCGCCGGCAGCUGGGGCGCCGCGGCGGGCGCCGCCGCGCUCUCGCCGGGCGCGCUGACGCCCCGCGGCGGCGCCGCGGCGUCGGGCGGCCGCCCCCUGGUCGCCGCGCGCCGCCCCAAGAGCCUGGACGGGGCGCCCCUCAGCGCCCUCGCAGUCGGCGCGGUCGGUCCCGGCCCGCUUGCCGCCGCCGCCGCGCCCCGCUCCGCAGACGGCGCUGCGCUGGCGCCGGCCCCUGCUUGCCCCGCGGCCACAGCGGCGGCGGCGCCCUCGUCCACGGCCGCCGCGCCCGCGACGCCCCUGGCGGUGCGCGAGCAGCUGCCCAGGGCUGCUGCGGCGCCCGCGCGUUCGGAGGAGUCCGCAUCGCCGCAGUCCGCCCUGGGCGUGGCCGGGCCGCCUGGCGGACUGCCGGUGGCGCCUGCGUCCGUAGCAGAGCCGGCCUUGCAGGCCGCGCUUCCAGCCACUGCGGCGGCCUUGGCGGUCAGCCCAGGGCCGGCGUCUGGAGGGGUGGUGGCGGGCAGGAAGCAGCAGGGUGAGGCGCCAAAGCAGCAGGCGGCGGUUGCGGCGCAGCAGUCGCAGCCGAAGAAGCAGCAGGGCGACAAGCAGCAACAGCAGCAGCAGCAGCAGCAGGCGAAGCAGCAGGCGAAGCAGCAGGCAGCCUCCAAGAAGGAGCAGCAGGCGGCGCAGAGGGCUGCGCAGCAGCAGGGCAAGGGCGGGCAGGCGCCGCCCCCUCAAUCUCCCAAGCCGCUACCGCAACCGGCCCAGCCGCAGCCGCCCCCGCCGGCGCGCGGAGCCGGCGGCGGCGGCGCCGGGCGCCAGACGGUGCCCGCCAAGAUGAUCGCCGCGUGGCGCUCGGGCGUGCAGCUGCCCGGCCUGCUGAAGCAGCUGGCCGCGGAGCGCCCCGACCUGUCCACCGCGCUCAACGAGCGCGUGCGGUCGUGGCUCACGCAAGACUGCGACCGCACCACCGCGGAGGCGCUGGCUGUGUACGUGCUCUCCAACAUGCGGCGCGACUGGGGCGCGACGGCGAAGACGCCGGGCGCGUUCCUGAUGGGGCUGCUGCAGCACCGGGCGCAGCUGCUGCAGGGCGGCGGGCUGGCGGGGAAGCUGCUGGACCUUGCGCGCGCGCAGCCAAACGUGGCGGAGUAUGUGGACUCGGAUGCGAUCCAGGAGCUGGGGGAGAUGGAGCCGCAGCUGAGGGGGUUCGUGCUGCAGGAGUACGUGGCCAAGCAGCGCAGGGACUGGCCGAUGGGGCUCAAGUUCCCAAGCCAGUGCAUGCUCUCCUGCAUGCGCACCAUCCGCCACGCCGACCCCUCCGUCCACCGCGCCUACGCGAAGCUCAUGGACUCGCGCCCCGACCUCGCCGGCUCCAUGAACGGCGUCGUGCUCUACGGCCUCUGCAAGUGUGACCGCGGCGCGGGGCUGGCAGCUAUCAAGAAGCUGAGCGAGCUGCCAGACAGCUGGACGAGCGCCGCGCGCGUCAACGCGAGCGCUUUUUUGUACCAAAAGGUCAACGAGAUUGUCGGCGGCCGCUGA